AUGGAAUCCUUCGGUUUUCUGAAGCGUCGUACCACCGACCUCUUGCAAAAUGUGCAGCAAAACCUCCCCGCUAUGCCUACCGUACCUUCCAUCCCCUCGGCGCCUUCUCCUCAGAAAAAGGCUUCCAUCAAAGGAACAUGGGAGCGCAUUGAUGCUCCCAGCGUCCCUCGCUCUUCUCACUCUCUCAACAUCGUUCACGGUACCGCUUACAUCUUUGGCGGAGAAAUCAGGCCACGAGAGCCCGUCGACAAUGAUAUGCAUGUCGUGACCCUUCCCUGGUCCAGCGCAGGCGCCGAUUACUUCAAGAUCAAGGCAGUUCCUGUCAAACCAGACGAGCAGCCGAAGGGAGAGACUCAGCCACCCGCUCAGCCAGAAGCCAAAGAACCAGCCGAACCUGUCGCAAAGUCUGACGAAGAGGACAUCGAAAAGAAGCUGGAUGAAGUUUCCCUCGAAGAAGACUCCGAUUCCUCGGACGAAGAAGAAGAAGAUGAUGAUGAGCCAGUCGAGAGCAAGUCGAAGGGCAAGGAACCCGCUGGCCCGGAGCGCCCGGAAUUGGGCAAUGUCCCAUCCCCACGAGUCGGCCAUGCUACCGCUGUCAUUGGUACUCGAAUCUUCUUAUUUGGUGGCCGAGGAGGUCCUGACAUGAAGCCUCUUGACGAGGCUGGUCGCGUUUGGGUCUUCGACACCCGCUCUAAUACAUGGACAUACCUGGACCCUGCACCAGCUAUCCCAGGUGGUAACAUUGUACCUCAGCCCGCCCCUCGAAGCUUCCAUUCAGCCACUUCUAUCGAGCGACCCCGAGACUUUGCUCCUGCGCGACCUAAAGAAGCUGCGACUUGGGGACAAUGGGCUCUAGGUGAUACCUCCAAGACGGGCAUCCCUCAGGCUCCUAUCGUUGGCAAUGUAGCUGAAGAGGCUAGAGACGAAGAGUCAGAUGGUUACGGCACCUUCUUCAUCCAUGCAGGAUGCCUUGCCAGUGGUGAACGAACCAAUGAUACUUGGGCUUUCAAUGUUCGUGAUCGAACUUGGACUGAGCUUCCCGCUGCUCCUGGACCUGCUCGAGGUGGCAGUGCCAUCUGCGUAAGCAAGACCCGGCUGUAUCGCUUUGGUGGCUUCGAUGGCCAGAACGAGAUUGGAGGCCAGCUUGACUUCCUACAUCUGGAAGUUGAGAGUUUUGACGAUCAGGGCACCAAGGGCGAGAUCGCAGUUCGCGCACGUGGCGGCUGGCAAAUCGUCCUUGAAAGCGACCCUAAGACAGAUUCUACCGAGAUCCACGCCGAACCAAACCAGGUUUGGCCUGAGCCUCGAAGCGUUGCAUCUCUGGAGGCCAUCACCUCAGGUGCUGGAUAUGAAUACCUCGUUCUGACCAUGGGCGAGCGUGACCCGAGCCCAGAAGGCCAUGAGGCUGCAGGCAAGUUCCUGAGUGAUGUUUGGGUGUACCAAGUGCCCCCUCUGGGCAUGACUGCUGCCAGUGUUACUGCUGCCAUGUGGCAAGCUGUCGGUCGCAAGACAGGCGAGGGCAAGUGGACUCAGCUUGAUCUCGCACCAUAUGAUGAUGAUAACGACGACGAUAUGCCUGAGCCAAGAGGUUGGCUUGCCACUGCGCCCAUGGGCGAACUUGAAGAGAGUGGCAUUUUGAUUUGGGGUGGCCUCGGUGAGGACAACGAAAGACUUGGCGAUGGUUGGAUCUUGCGAGUAGGCGACACCUAG